AGUACUCUACUAGUACUACUGAGAUACUCUAUGACUGAGAAAAAAUUUCUUGGUUGGAAGGAAAAGUAAUCGCUGUUUUUGUAAUGUCUAAUUGUAGUCAUAUUAGAAUGGAAUAUUUGCUAGUUUUAUUCUUUUAAUUAAUAUUUUGCUGAUAUUUAAGGUAAAAAUAUUGAGCCUUUGUCGUCAAAUAGCGCAUAAAGUGUUAGUGAUGAUAUUGGCUGAAACUUUGUUGUUCUCUUUGUCGUUAAUCGAUACCGGUGCUAUUUUAUUUCUUUUAGUUUACUAUAUAAUUACCUUGUCAGAUUUAGAAUGUGAUUAUUUGAACGCUCAAGAGUGCUGUGAGAAGUUGAAUUAUUGGCUCGUCCCGAAAUAUAUAGCACAUUCUUUCGUUACAUUUAUUUUGUUGCUCCAUGGACAAGUAAUACUUUUUUUAUUGAAUCUACCCAUGUUUAUAUGGUUGACUUUCGAGUAUUUGACUAUACCACAAGGUAAUCUUGGUGCUUACGACCCUGCUGAAAUACACAACCGAGGACAACUGAAGAAACAUUUGCGGGAUGUUAUGAUAAACAUUGGAUAUUACUUACUGUUUUUCUUCAUAUACCUAUACUGCUUUAUACUAGCACUCCUUAAAGGAGAUCCAUUACAACGAAUUCAUGAUGAUCAAAUUGUAACUGAAAUAUAAAUAUGGAUAGCAAUGCAGUUUUAGAUCGUAGUGAUGAUGAGGACUCAUAUGAAAGCGAUAAUGAGAGUAACUCAAGUAAUUUAUCAACAUCCUGUGCAAAAUUGUCACUCCCAGAACAUGUACUCGCACACAUUGAGAGACGGCAGUUGCUUCGAGAUACUGAGGAAGUUGUAUGCGACAGUCAUUUGAAAGAUAAUGUAAUGAACAACUAUGUUAUAGUGAAAAGGAUUUUAAGUAACUUGUCUUGGCAAGAUAAAUUGCUAUCUAAGAAUGUUUGUCAUACAUGGCAUUCAGCAGUUCUGGCUCUCCAGAGAGAACAGAUGUCUCCCAAUGACUUUGUGGUUGACUUACAUUUAAACCAAAUAAGAAAUGGUGUGAAGUUGAAGCAAUCUGGAGUAUUUCAUACAGAACCUCUAAUAGUUUUUGGCUUUGUCAAUGAUACUGGUAUUGGGGCCACCAAUAAAUGUAUGGUGUUGUUACCCAGUCCAUGUGAACCUCCCUGUGAGAAAGAACAUUCUUUAAUGGAUUACGUGCAUCAUAAAAUUACUGCUCCUAAAGAGUGCAUGCUGACUGUACGAGCCCACUAUUUAUCAUAUCGCCCUUUGACACAAUCUACAACAUAUGAUCAUACAAUCAGGCUUCGGAUGUUGAAAAGAACUUUCCCGUUUUUAUGUGGAAUCUAUAUACCACUAAUACCUGAUGUUAAAUUUCAUGUGAUUAACAUCACUACAAACACUGACUUGCAAAGGGAUUUUUAUGAUGUCUUGUCAAGUUUGGCUCAGAGUCGCAUUUUUAAAGGUGUUCUAGUUUAUGUAACAGAAAAAUUUAUACUACAGUCAUUUAUUGAGGAGAGUUCCUAUUUGAAUUACUUCAAAGAGGUUCAACCAGACAUCCCAUAUGCAUUAGGAGGAUGCAUUGUUGAAGAUACUUUAGAACAAAGUGACAAUAAUCAACUUGUGGAGAGUAUACAAAAGUAUCGUUUUGACCAUGAUGGCAACGAUUUUAUUAGUGAAAAUCUAAUUACGAUAGCAAUGUUUACAGUGCCAAAGAGUACUAGUAGUGCUGAGCAGAGUGGCAAAUACAAUUUUGAUAUGUAUUCCCUUGUUAUUGAAUCACCUGAUUGGAGUAAAGCUAAGAUACAGAAGACAAUUAAUGAGUUCUCAAAAAAAGUACCUCGGUUCGAGCACAGUGUUGCCCUCAAAUUGUCGUGCGUCGGUCGCGAUUCAAAACACGAGAUUGAGGAAGAUUGUUUUCGUGCCGAGUUUCCUAAUACUAGGAUUACUGGAUGCUUCGGCAAUGGAGAACUAGGAAUCAAUCACCCCGCUCGUCCUCCUAUUGAACCGUCCCCUAUGAAGAAACAACGUUAUAAUCCACCAGUCUGUGGACUGUUAUAUUCAUACUCCACAGUUUUUGUAUACAUAGGUUGGGGAAAAACUACCGCAGUACCGCCAUAAAAUACGAAUGAAAGAUAUUAUUUUAUAGAGAAAUGGUUUUAGUUAAGGUUCGAACACAAAUAUUAUUAAGAAAUACGAAUAAAUAUAAGUAGUCUAAUAAUUGUAGAAUGUGUAAGUUUUGUUUUUUCAGUUUCAGUUUCUGAAAGACAUCGUUGAACUUGUUACCUACAUUUUUAUUAAUGUUUAUUUUCUAUUUUUUUUAAGAUAGCUCGGAGAUUUAAACCAAAUUGACGUGCAUGUAUAACAUAUUUUUUAUAAUUUUCUAGCAGUCUUCAUUCAAAUAUAUUGGGUAUAUGAUAGUUGUAAGAGGAAACAGUAGUGUUUAGAAAAUAUACACCAAUAAAAAAGUGUUUUUCCCUGACUCGCCUUUUAUCACAAAGCCAUUGUAUGUACAUACCUAUUUAUUCAAGUAAAUCUUAUUUAAUGUUUUUUCAAAAUAAUACGUAUCUAAACUAAGUUAUGACCUA